AGAGAGAGAGAGAGAGAGUGGUACUUGAUGCCCUUCGGUACUGCUCAUUUUUCUGACUCGCACGCGGAAUUAACAGUAGACGAGGAAGAAAACCUUGAAGUAUCUCAGAUAAGAAGAUACGGUGGUAACACAGGAGAGGUUAUAAAACCAUGGCACCGAGUCCUGUCAUUCAAGCCAUCAUUGAUUUAUCAGCCGGAGCCUGUGGUGGUAUAGCAUGUGUGCUGUGUGGCCAGCCAUUUGAUACCGCCAAGGUGAAGAUGCAGACAUUUCCCGGGCUGUACCGUGGCUUUGUGCACUGCUUUGUGUCCAUCUCAAAGCAGGUGGGGCUGCGUGGUCUAUAUCAUGGCACUACCCCAGCUCUGAUGGCCAACAUCGCUGAGAAUGCAGUUCUCUUCAUGAGCUACGGCUUCUGCCAAGAUGUUGUGCGUUUUGUGGUUGGCUUGGACAGAGGAGCAGAGCUCAGUGACGUUCAAAAGGCUUGCUCUGGCUCUGUGGCCUCCAUCUUCUCCUCACUGGCUUUGUGUCCCACUGAACUAGUGAAGUGUCGUCUGCAGGCUAUGCACGAAAUGGAGGCAUCAGGCAGGAUCGCUGGUGGACAGAAGAGCACUGUGUGGUCUGUGGUUAGGCAUGUGUUAAAGACAAACGGUCCUCUGGGUUUUUAUCAAGGCCUGUCCACUACUGUAGUACGUGAGAUUCCUGGCUAUUUCUGCUUCUUUGGAGGCUAUGAGCUGAGUCGAUCUGCUUUUGCCCGCACUAUGGGCAAGACCAAAGAGGACAUAGGCAUCCUCCCACUGAUGUUUAGCGGUGGGUUUGGAGGGGCCCUUCUCUGGCUAGUUGUCUAUCCAAUAGACUGUGUGAAAUCCCGCAUUCAAGUUCUGUCCCUGGCUGGGAAACAAGAAGGAUUUAUAAAGACAUUCCUUGGAAUUGUACGCAAUGAAGGAGUGCGACCUCUGUACUCAGGUUUAACUCCAACUAUGAUCCGGACAUUCCCUGCUAAUGGCGCACUCUUUCUGGCCUACGAAUUUAGCCGUACGACGAUGAUGAAACACUUUGAUGUGUGACACAAGGGUCCAUAAUUCCUUUUAAACAUUCUGUGCUGUCCGCACAUUAGAGGUGCUUCUAUAUUUUAAAAGAUUAUUCCAAAUAACUUUAAUGCUGACUAUAAUUUUUUUUUAAUUAUUUUAUUUUAUGUUGGUAUGAAUAGUAGUCAUAUGGUUCAUACCCUCCACGUUGUCUAAUCUAUGUUUAGGACUUUUUAUCUGCCAGGUCAGGUGCUGGCUCAAAUUUAGCCUAUUACCCAAAAUUCAACAUAGAAGCCAAUACUCACAUUUACCUCUGAGCCCAGUUGGAGAUAGAAAAAAA